GAAGAAACACGGAAGUGUAGUUUGGACUCAGCCAGGCAAAGUGCAAGCUAGCUGUCGUUCUGUUGUACCUGCGGUUCUGUGUGUCUCCCUAACGUUAUAGCAAAAUGCCUGAAAUACAGACAAGAAGGAUUCAAGCCAUUUACACCAGUGCCAGUGACGGACUGGAGGGCUUCAAGGCACAUGCGGUGUUCCAGGAAAUCAACAAGAAGCUCCAGGAGGAAGGGGAGCAGUUUGUGAAGAAGAUCGGGGGGGUGUUUGCCUUCAAGGUAAAAGAUGGCCCCAAUGGUCAGGAGGCCGUUUGGUAUGUGGACGUGAAGAACGGCAGAGGCUGCGUCCACAACGACACAGGUAGGAAAACACUAUCAGUGCUCUCUGACGUUUUUAAAUACCAUUUGCUUAAUGUCCUUCAUUUUUGUAAAGCACUUUGAAUUGCCUUGUGUUGA